GCAGGUAGAUGCUACUCGGAGGACCAACAAAAGAUUUUGAUAGAUGUGACAACACAAUUUCUCUGUCGGCAGGGGGCACCACAACAUCGCUAUACACCACGCCACAAUGACGUUUGGAUUGUACAGCUGUGAUGUGAUUGCUGGAACAGGAAAUGAAUGCAGACAGUGGAGGCAGGCAAGCUGAAACUGGCACAAAGCUGUAGCGUGUAUACACACCCACCCACAUUCAAGCAUACACACAUACGGAUGUACACCGAUCCUGAAUGACAACUGUCAGAGCUGGAACUUUUAGCUAUAGGUGGGACAACAAAGUGCUGUGGGACGAAGACCGAACGUUUUAUUACAUUUGGAGACUUAAUCAGAAGAAAGGAAAUUUAAUAAGAAAACCAGGAGGGGAAACCUACAAAUGUAACUUGAACAAAAAGAGAAAGAGAGAGAGAAAGGAUGGCACUUCAAUUCCUCCAAAGCAGGAGGGCCUUUGCUGAGCCUUGAUUCCUGCUUGUCAGGUGAUCCUCUUCCCUGAAGGAGUGCGAGGGGUAAAUGCGUAUGAUGGAUAAGAUGACAUCUUUACACAGUCUUGGCCUGGUACUGGUGGAGUUUCAAUACGAAUACGAGGGCCGGGAUGGCCAGAUGGUGUCCAUUAAGCCCAACGAGCGCUACAUACUCCUGGCCAAAACCAACGAUCAUUGGUGGCAUGUGUGCAAAGAUGAACACGCCAAGCCGUUUUAUAUCCCCGCCAACUACGUGAAAGAGCUUCCACCUAGCAUACCCUCACCUCUGGACUUUAGAGAGCCUCCGAAUUCUGAUCCGAAGCCCGCUGUGCAUGACCUGGCAGAGACCCGCAAACCAGAUGAGAUGGCAAUUAAACUACGCCCCAAGGCGAAUUAUCACAAGACAGAAAAUCGCAUGUCGACGUUUGGCGUUCCUCUGGAUUUACACGAGCCACCUUCUUACAAGUCUGGUGGACCAUCAGACUCUCUAAUCUCCCUUCAUCCUGUCUCAGACACAUCACAGCAAAAGAAGCGGAUGAGUCUAGCAGCCAAUCUACUGUUUGGCUCUCGUAAUGCUCUAUCUGAAACUGCGUCUGAUAAGUUCAGGGUACCCAGCUUCAGCCCAGCAGACCCUCUUCAUAAACCGACCCCUGCAAAACCUGUGGAGCUUCCUGUCAUCAAGAAUCUGAAUGACGUCAGGUCACCGGAGCCAGAGUCCCCAAUAGAGCCCGAAAGUGAAAGUUCUAGUUCAGAACAAUUGCCGUCUCCAGACUCUGAGAAUAUUUAUGAAUCCAUAUCGGACCUGAAUCUGGAUGAGUUGACACAGACAGACAAAACACCUACCGGAUUGACAGAUCCACAGACCAACACACCAUCCCCAGCCCCAGUGAUACAGGUGGAGAAUGAAGACCCCAGCACGGCAGUAUACGCUAACGUCACAGACCUGAAGAAGAUCGGCCCUCGCUCUCCAAUCUCAUCUGUCUCCACCUGUUCCUCACCCGGCCUUGCUCUCAGCCCCGCCCCAGACUCCGCCACCUCGCCCAACUCGGACGAAUGGCAGGUCCAUAGUGACCACAGCGGAAAGGAGUUCUUUUACCACCCCCCUACGGGACAGAGCACUUGGUCUGAUCCCCGUAGCCCCCAUCCAGGAUCUGAAAUGGAAUCUUUAACCUCUCCCUUGCCCACAAUGUCCAGUACAUCUGACUGGGAAAAACUUUUGGAUGAGGCCACUGGGAGACAUUACUACUAUAACCACACUUCGAAGCAAAGCUCUUGGACUGCGCCCGAAGUGUUGUCUUCUCCACCUCCCACAGAUGGAGCACAUGUACCGCCACCUCUGCCAGAGGAGGACUACCCUACAAAUGAAUCCCAAAAUCAUCCUCAUCUCCCUAAGGAUCUACAGUUAGUCCAAAUGAAACGUGCCAUUAUCCCAAGGGCUGCUACAGACCCUCAGAAAGAAUUCCCUGUGGGCUGGACCCGCUCUGAUGCUGAAGGGAAAUCGGUUUUUACAAAUGAACACACACAUGAACAGUGGUUCCAGUCGAAGGAUGACAAAGGGAAGUUGUUUUACCACUCAAAAGAUGGGACUAAACGUCAGUGGACUCUUCCAGAGGCCUCCAUGCCGCCGCAGAUGAUUGGAAAUGGAGUGGACCAAGAUGCCCAACCCCUUGUAAACAACUGGAGAUACACAAUGGGCCAUUUGAACGUGUCUCUGGAGGACUUGCAAAAACAUUCCCCAUCGCACAGGAGGAUCGCCUCUGACUGUGCCAGUGAAGGAUCCAGCUCGGGGAAUUCACCAGAAUCGCAGCAUCACGACAAAAGACGGCGGAGGAACCUGUCCAAUCACAGUGCAGAUUUACAUUCUCAUCAUCACACAUCCUUAGAAAAGGCUGGAAUUCUCAACAAGACCAAAGUUGCCGAGAACGGAAAAAGGCUGAGGAAGAACUGGGCACAGUCGUGGACUGUUCUUCAUGAUGGGAUACUCACCUUCCAUAAGGACCCUAAAUUUACACCUGCUGGGAUGUCUACUAAGAGCACCCAGAUCGUCCCAGAGUUCACAGUGGAACUGAGAGGAGCGACUCUAUUAUGGGCGACUAAAGAAAAGUCGAGCAAGAAAAACGUUUUAGAGCUAAAAACACGCCAAGGCACAGAGUAUCUGAUACAGUAUGACACAGACAGCAUUAUAUACGACUGGCACAAGAUCAUACUUGACACCAUCAAACAGGUGGAUCAAAGUCAUCAUUCAGAGGAAGAGGUGGAGGACAUCCCAGAAAAACCUGUUUUUGCUGUGGAUAAAGAGAAAAAGACUGAGCCAACAAGGCUGAGUACUUCAGGUAACAUGGACACAGAACAGGGCCGCGUGCGUAACAAACUACGCAAGUUUCUCCAGAGACGACCGACGUUGCAGUCAGUUAAAGAAAAGGGAUACAUUAAAGAGAAUGUAUUCGGCUGCCACAUAGACACCCUGUGUCACCGGGAAAACACAAAUGUGCCCAAGUUUUUGGAAAAAUGCAUCCGAACUGUGGAAAAAAGAGGUCUGAAGAUAGAUGGAGUCUACAGAGUGAGCGGGAACCUGGCCGUCAUCCAGAAGCUUCGAUAUAAAGCUGAUCAUGAAGAGGAUUUAGAUCUGGAAGACGGGCAGUGGGAGGAAAUCCAUGUGAUCACAGGAGCUUUGAAGCUUUUCCUGCGUGAACUUCCUGAGCCUCUUUUCCCCUUUACCUUUUUUGAAAGGUUUAUUGCUGCCAUACAAAUGAGUGAAUACAGCCAGAGAGUGUCAUAUACACGAGAUUUAGUGAGAAACCUGCCUUUGCCCAACCAUGACACCAUGGAGGUUCUCUUCAGACAUCUCCGCAAGGUGAUUGAUCAUACCGAGUGGAACCGCAUGUCUCUCCAAAGCAUGGCUAUUGUGUUUGGUCCAACAUUGCUACGACCACAGGAGGAGUCCAACAUCACCAUGCACAUGGUCUUCCAGAACCAGAUUGUGGAACUCAUUCUCAAAGAGUUUAAUGAAUUCUUCCCAACCCAGUGAAACUCAACCUGAAUUUCACCUAGAAAUAGAAUUAAACCUACCAGCUUAAUCUUAAGCUAUUCUUAUUAUCACUCGAGAAGAGAAUAUUUUGUUGUUUACCGAACAGAAAUUUACUUUUUUACAGUCGCGUAAAUCAGCAACGUUCUCUUAUAUUUUGGAUCAUGUGGUCCUGGUCCCACAUCAUCACUGGAUUAUACAAGCUAAUGAAAGCAAGACUCAUAUAACCCAGCUGUGGACUACACGAUCUCUGUGUUGGAAAUCUUCAUUUGCUUUUCAGUGAUUUUUUUUUAUUGAACCUCAGAACUGCCUUGUUCCUGAAUGUUACUCUGAUCUGUGUUUUUGGUACUGCCGAAAUCAGGAGAACAAACAUCCAAAGGGAUCUUAAGGGGAUCAUCAGUCAGUAUGAUCCUGGAAAAAUUCACCUCUGCUGAUGUUAGCUGACAAUCUGUUUGAGACAGUGAUAUGAUGCAGCGUUUAUUUUUUGUGAAUAAAAAUAAAUCGACAGCAUACUUCAGUGAGCCCUCGGUUACCUAGCUAGGUUAAAUGAACUCUUUUGGGUCUGGACAUAAAAAGAUUUUAAUGAUGCAGCCUGGAGUUUAAGUGCUUAUGUGGAUAAAGAAAGAAUCAUAAAAUGUAUGACCAAAAAGGGACUGCUGUAACAAAAUUGUUUUAUUAAACAAAUGUAUGACUAACACAAACAUAUUUUUCUUUAACAUUUAAUAAGAUGCUGACUCUAUAUGUACAGAAGUAUGAAAAUAAACCCAAAAAAACUUUUAAACCCAAUGCAUUAGCUUAAAAGGUUAGCAGUGCAUCGAGUGUUAAAUACAAACUUUGUAGAUGUAGAUGAAAUCUGUACAUAUUUUACAUAUGUUAAAUUGGCAAUUUCAUGUUACAGAGAUAAAUAUUCUGUAAAUAAAGCGGAUUCACACCAUAUUUUUUAUUU